AUGACGGGCUGUUUCACAUCCAUACAAUUGUUUGUGUUUGAAAUUUGGCUUAGCAUAGCCGUUAUAUAUGUGCGGUCCUCUUACCUGUACCAACAAUGUAUCAAGCAGCAAGAAAUUCCACUUAUUGAACCGGCCUGUCCUCAAAACACUGUGGAUAAGAUGGUGACAGUGGAAGAGAUGAAGGUGGAGACUUGA